AUGGGCUCCUCCGUCGCCGUCAACCCCCAGCCUCAUAUCCCCAAAGCCGGCGUUUGGUGCCCCGCCGUGACCUUCUUCGAUCACAGCACCGACACUAUCGACCUCGAUGCCCAAAAGAAAUACUACCAGUACCUCUCGACCACCGGCCUCGCUGGCCUCGUCAUUCUCGGCACCAACUCCGAAGCCUUCCUCCUCACCCGCGAAGAACGCGCCCAACUCAUCGCCACGGCCCGUGCCGCCGUCGGCCCUGACUAUCCCCUCAUGGCCGGCUGCGGUGCCCACUCCACCAAGCAAGUGCUGGAACUCGCCGAAGACGCCGCCGCCGCGGGCGCAAACUACAUCCUUGUUCUGCCCCCGGCAUACUUCGGCAAAGCCACAACCCCGGCUGUCGUGAAGCGCUUCUUCGCGGACGUCGCGCGCAAGAGUCCCCUGCCUGUCGUGGUGUACAACUUCCCGGGUGUCUGUAACGGCGUGGAUCUGGACUCGGAGACCAUCACCGCCAUCGUGCGCGAGUCGGCAGCAUCGAGCACCAAUGGGGUCUCGAACGUCGUGGGUGUCAAGCUGACGUGUGGGUCAGUGGGCAAGAUUACGAGGCUGGCGGCCACUUUCUCCAAGGAGGAGUUUGCAAUCUAUGGUGGUCAGUCGGAUUUCCUGAUCGGUGGCUUGGCUGCGGGCUCUGCUGGGUGCAUUGCUGCUUUUGCCAAUGUGUUCCCAAAGACGGCAUCGAAGAUCUAUGACCUUUAUGUCGCUGGUAAGAUCCAGGAGGCAGUGGAGUUGCAGCGCCAGGCGGCGCUCGCGGAGAGUCCUUGCAAGAGUGGAAUUGCUGCCACCAAGUACGCAGCUGCGAUCUUCUCGGCUCGCGCGGCGGGCAUUGAGGGGGCUGAGGAGAAGUUGAAGCCCCGGACGCCGUAUGAGGAGCCGGCGGAGGGUGCGAAGAAGGGGGUGCAAGACUUGAUGAGUGCAGUGGCAAAGGUCGAAGGAAGUAUAUAA